ACUGGACGCUUCAGUAUCGACAGAGAGGGACACAUCACUGAUAGGAGAACCUCACUGUGCUCUGGAGAGAAUGACCUGCAUAAAGAAAUGAGGGGGAAAAGGCGAAAUUCUCCUCAGGGACAGGAUGAAAGCAGAACAGGAAGAGGAACUUUCUCGCUUCAAAGAAAACGAGCGACGACUCAAACUACUGUAUGCUGCGUUUAACCCUGAAGUCCGACUGAACAGAUUAGAUGUCCAGCAGCUGUUGGUUAAAGAUGUCCUCCCUAACUGUACCCCCAGCCGGGACCAGGAGGACCCAAAGCUCCUCCAGAUAAAAGGGGAACAGGAAGAACUCUGGGAUAGUCCAGAGGGAGAGCAGCAUCAUGCUCUGGAGGAGGCCGAUAUCACCAAGUUUCCAUUCACUGCGGUUCCUGUGAAGUGUGAAGAUGAAGAAGAGAAAUGUGGGUCUUCACUGCUUCAUCACAGCCAAACGGAGGACAACAGAGAGGCAGAGUGUCCAGCCAGCAGCUCAGCUGUGCAGAUAAAGACAGAAACUGGUGGAGAGGACUGUAGAGGAUCAGAACCAGCCAGGAAGAGAGAGUCAGACAGUCAUUCACAACCAAACACUGAUGAUGAAAAGACUUCCGACUCUUCUGAGACUGAAAUCCAUUACGAAGACCCUUUGUCAGAUUCUGAAUCUGAAACUGAAGACAGUGAUGGUGAUUGGAUGGAGACCAGUUCACCUGAGUCAGCUGUGAAUGCUCUGAAAUAUGGAGAAGCUCCUGUAAAUGAUGUGAGACCUAACACUGUGAAAAAGUCCACAAGAUUCUCUAAGUGUAGUCAAGGACUGUCCGACAGUAAAAAAUGUUUGAGAGUACAGCACACAGCAGACACACAGACCAUAAUCCACACCGGAGAGAAACCAUUCAGUUGUGAUGAAUGUGGGACAAGAUUUAAACAGAAGAAAAAUCUGAAGACACACAUGAAGGCUCACACAGGAGAGAAACGAUUUGGCUGUGAUGAUUGUGGGAAAAGAUUUACACGGCAGCAAGAACUGAAGUUACACAUGAUGGUUCACACAGGACAGAAACCAUUUGGCUGUGAUGAUUGUGGGAAAAGAUUUACACGGCAGCAUGAACUGAAGAGACACAUGAGACUUCACACAGGAGAUAAACCAUUUGGCUGUGACAAUUGUGGGAAAAGAUUUAAAUGGCAGCAAGAACUAAAGAGACACAUGAGAGUUCACACAGGAGAGAAACCAUUUGAUUGUGAUGAAUGUGGGAGAAGAUUUAUUGAGCAGCAUCAACUGAAGAGACACAUGAUAGUUCACACAGGAGAGAAACCAUUUGGUUGUGAUGACUGUGGGAAAAGAUUUACAAGGCAGGAAUAUCUAAAGAGACACGUGGUAGUUCACACAGGACAGAAACCAUUUGGUUGCAAUUAUUGUGGGAAAAGAUUUACACGACAGCAAACUUUGAACAUACACAUGCAAAUACACUAAGGGGAGUGUUGUGAUGAUUGAGGGAAAAGAUUUACAAGGCAGAAACGUUUGAAGUCACACAUGAUAGUUCACACAGGAGAGAAACCAAUUGGUUGUGAUGACUGUGGGAUAAGAUAUAAAUGGAAAGUAUAUUUUAAUUGACACCAAAAACCCCACAACGAUUGGAAAGCUUUCUAUUCAGUUUUUUGUUGAAGGAUAAUUAAGUUAAUGUGUUGGUAAUAGCCUGAGAUUGCUUCAUUUUUGUUGUUGUUUCAUGUCUUUUAUUUUUUUACUUUCUCUUGUGUUUUUGUUUUUUUUAACAUGCAAAAUGUUUCAAAUGAAUUUGUCAAAGUUGUUUGUAAAUGAGAGGGAAUGAAGCAGUGUUUUUGACUCUCUGUUUUUUAUUCAUUCUUUGUUUGGAAUUUAAACACUUAAAUGUAUAGUUCCCAUAUUUUUUUCUUGAGUUUUCUUGAUAUAGGCUGUGUGUGACUGUAAACUCCCUCACUGAUGAUUAUCAGUGGGAAAGUGCAUUAUUUAGUUACCACUUUUAAUUAAAUUCUCCUGUAACCUAGUGUUUUUGAUUUUCUUUUCUACAAACAUACAAUUUAACACAUAUUCUCUGUAAUAAAUAUAUCUUGAGGUUGACUCAUUUUAAUCACUGUUACUUUUGACACUUUUAGAUGAUAGCACUGAUAGCCACAGAAGGGCUUUAUAAAUUCGAGAGAAUCCAAGAGAGUGGACAGAAGAUGUCAGGAAAUGAUACAAAGCUAACAUUAUUUGAUGAUAGAGAUUGUUUGUUUGUUUGUUUGUCUGUUCAUUCUGAUUGAUCUAGGUUACUUUUAAUUUAACAUGAGUUUUGUUUGGGUCUUAAAGAUAUUUUUCCUGAUUGUUGUUAUUGACUAAAUUAGCACUGUUUAGCUGAACUUUCACCUCCAAUCAUCAAAAGUGUUUUAAUUACAGGGUAGGAGCCAAAAUGUGUAUUUUGCUGGUGUUGUUUAUUUUGUUAGGCUGCACACUUCUCUUUGGUUUAUGUAGCUUCCGGUGAUGGGACAGGGUUGUGUUUUCACCUUACUUACCUGCUCAGUUUUAUGGUUGGAGGCAACAAAGAAGGUGAGUGAGGCUCUGAUGUUUUCUUUUGAUUGCCACUUUUCAACAUCUCUUUUGGCCUUCCUGUUGACAAUCACUUUGUCUCUUUUGAAUGUCUCUUUUUUUGAUCAAGUUUGCCUCAAGUUUUCUGUUAGGGUUGUUUGAUUGUUUCUCAUAUAACAACUGCUUGUCAG